AUGCGGACCAAGAUGUUCCUGAGCUGGUCGGCACUAUUUUGGAUUCUCCUGACGCUCGUCUACCAUCCUACGGCUGGACUGCUCCGCUAUACACCCGCUGAGCUCCUGCGCCUUCGCGGGCAGCUAUCGCUCCCGUCGCCGGCGGAGCUCCACUACCACCCAGGCAUCACUUUCCAGCCUCACUUGACAGUAGCGAGAAGUGACCAGAAGGUGAUCGAAAGAAAGGCAAGACAUUGUGAGGAGGAAGAAAUUCGAGCAGGAGUAAGACAGGGAGGGCUGGAGGCUGGCCCAUCAUCGCAGUACCAGCGUUUGAUAACGCAGAAGAGGAGAGCAGACGGACGGCAGACAGGGAGGACUGAGGACGCAGAGCAGCAUCACGAUCCGCGGCUGCGUCUCAGUGCCGGAGAGAAAGUGUCCGCAUCUCGGCGAGGUGGAGAUGUGUGUGUGGCAGGUCAUGACAGCGGGCCAGUGUUUGAAGAACAGCCGAGCAGUUUAAUUUACCCUGAAGGCCUGACUGAAGGCAAAGUGACCCUGAGCUGUCAGGCCAGAGCAAAUCCAGCUGCUGCUUAUAGGUGGCUUGUGAAUGGGACUGCGGUUCCACUGAAUUUGGACCGAUACUCCCUGGUGGCUGGUACCCUGGUGAUAAGCAGCCCCGACCCCAUCCGGGAUACAGGCUCUUACCAGUGUCUAGCUAUCAACCGCUGUGGCACCAUCAUUAGCAGAGCAGCCAACCUCAAGUUUGGUUACCUCCAUGACUUCCCUCCAGAUGGCAGAAGUCCUCAAACAAUAACUGAAGGUCAAGGAACGUUCUUGGCCUGCCAACCUCCUCCACAUUACCCAGCGCUGUCUUACCGCUGGUUUCUCAACGAGUUUCCCAACUUCAUCAGGAAGGAUGAUGGGCGCUGGUUUGUGUCACAGGUCACGGGGAAUCUGUACCUGGCCAAAGCUGAACCUAAUGACACAGCAAACUACUUUUGCUUCACAACGAUCAACAUGGAAGUUAGCACGAAGAGCACAUUCAGCAAGGCCAACCAGCUCACGGUAGUCCCUGAUGCCAAUCCCAGGAAGUCAGCUCCAACCAUUAAAGUGCGCUUCCUGGCAGAUACCUAUGCCCUGGCUGGACACACCACCCAGUUAGAGUGCUUUGCUUAUGGAAAUCCAGUUCCAAAGGUGCGGUGGAGGAAGGUGGAUGGUCUAAUGCCAUCCAAGGCAGGCCCCACUGUGGAGGGUCCCACCCUGACCCUUCCUGAACUCUCCUUUGAUGAUGAGGGCAUUUAUGAGUGUGAAGCCUACAACUCAGAAGGAAGGGACACGUACCAGGGACGCAUUAAUGUCCAAGCUCAACCAGAGUGGUUGCAGGUGAUGACCGACUCAGAAGUGGAGAUUAGCUCAGAUCUUCAGUGGAGUUGUGUGGCUGCUGGAAAACCUCGACCCUCUGUACGCUGGCUACGCAAUGGACAGCCACUUAGUACACAGGAUCGUGUGGAGGUGAAUGGAGUUCAUCUUAGAAUCAUCAACCUUGCUCUGGAGGAUUCUGGCAUGUACCAGUGUGUGGCUGAAAACAAGCAUGGCACCAUCUACUCGACUGCUGAGCUCAGGGUCCAAGUUCAGGCUCCAGACUUCCGGUUGAAUCCAGUAAGGAAGCUUAUUCCAGCAGCUAGAGGGGGACAGGUGAUGAUUGAUUGUCGCCCUCGAGCUGCCCCGAAGCCCAGUCUGUUCUGGAGUCGUGGAACAGAGUUGCUCACCAACAGCAGCAGAAUCGCAGUAACUCCAGAUGGCAUCUUGUGGAUUUAUAACAUCAGCAGAGCAGAUGAAGGAAAGUACACCUGCUUUGCUGAAAACUACCUCGGCAAAGCCAACAGCACUGGACACCUGUCUGUGAGAGAUGCCACCAAGAUCACGCUGGCCCCUUCUAAUGCCGACAUAAAUCAGGGCGAGAAUGUGACGCUCCAGUGCCAUGCCUCCCAUGAUGCAGCUAUGGAUCUUACCUUCACAUGGUCUCUCAAUGGUGUCCUUUUGGACCUGGAGAACUCUGCUGGGCCUUACCAUCGGGUGGAGGGGAAGGAAAACACUGGUGACCUGUUGAUUGUGAGGGCUCAGCUGAGCCAGGCGGGGACGUACGUGUGCACAGCUCAGACCGUGGUGGACAGCGCCGCAGCCUCAGCUAAGCUGGUGGUUCGAGGACCCCCGGGACCUCCUGGAGGUUUGUUGGUGAAGAACGUGGCUGAGACAUCAGUGGAACUCAGGUGGAGCCGUGGUUACGAUAACCACAGUCCUAUCGGCAAAUACGUCAUCAUGGGCCGCUCUCCUCUGUCGUCUGAGUGGAGGAAGAUGAGGACAGAUCCAGUGAACAUUGAAGGAAACGCAGAGUCAGCUCGUGUGACAGGACUGAUUCCCUGGACGGAUUAUGAAUUCCAGGUUAUCGCCAGCAACAUCUUGGGCAGUGGAGAGCCUAGCAUGCCUUCCCACAUCGUUCGGACACUGCAAGCAGCUCCCACUGUGGCCCCGAGUGGACUGGGAGGUGGAGGAGGAGACCGUGAUGAGCUCAUUGUUACAUGGACGCCCAUGGCCAGAGAAUACCAGAACGGUGACGGCUUCGGGUACAUCUUGGGGUUCAGAAAGAAGGACACAUCAUCAUGGACAGAGGUGCGAGUUCCACGUGUAGAGUCCUCUCGACAUGUUUACUACAACAGCAGUCUGGCAGCGUACACUCCCUUUGAAGUGAAGAUCAAAGCUUAUAACCGCAAAGGAGAAGGCCCGUUUAGCCAGGUGGCUGUGGUGCACUCUGCAGAGGAAGAGCCAACCGUGGGGCCUUCCAGCAUCAAUGCCACGGCACUGUCCGCCUUUGAGAUCCAGGUUUCCUGGGAGCCUGUGCAGCAGCUCAGCACCAAUGGCAUCCUGAGAGGAUACGAGAUCCGGUACUGGCGGCAGCACGAAAGAGAAGCAGCAGCGGACCGCGUGAGGACGGCGGGCCUGGAGCCGACAGCCAGGGUGUCCGGACUUCGACCCAGCACUCGAUACCACGUCGCUGUUCUGGCAUACAACAGUGCCGGCACAGGACCGCCCUCGCCACGCACCGCCGUCACCACCAGGAAACCACCUCCCAAUCGUCCUCCGGGCAGCGUGUCGUGGAAGGCUCACGGCUCGCGGGUCACGGUGAGAUGGGACCAAGUGACAGCCAUGCACAACGAGUCAGCCAUACUGGGCUACAAAGUUCUGUACAAGCACGAGGACCAGGCAGCUUUGAAGUUUCUGGACAAGACGAAGACGUCAGUGAGCCUGCCGCUGCCCAAAGACAACGCUUACAUUGUGUUGGAGAUUUGGUCAUGGGGCGAGGGCGGGGACGGGCCAGCACACGAGAUUAUCGUGUCCCGGGAUUCAGGGACUGGUAUGAUGGUGCAGAAGGAUGCCUCCUCCACACUGCCCUGUCCCCAUGCCCACCUCCUCUCAGGCUUGGCUCUGCUCAUUUCUGCGGUGGUGUCAGGCCUGUGAUCUCGGCCAGUCGGAACUUUUUCUUAUGGGUGGCUUGAAACUAAUGCUCUCCUUUAUGGAUAGGUGGGUGUGGGUCCGGGGGUGGGAAACACGGGGAUUCGCUUUUAAUAAUGACAAGGAUCUUUGUAAAAUGUCUGCAGGAGGUAUUAUGUUUGUGCACUGCUCUCAGUAUAAACCAUGCCUUACUGGGACACAUGUGGCUGACAUGCCACAUGUGUCCUUGAAACUGUAGUUGGCAGGACUUCAGGUGUAAAUGUAAUAAUAGAGUCAACAUGGUGGAGGUCUGCGUGUUCACACUGAGGGCAGGUUGCUUACUGAGUCUACAGGUGAUGUUAGAGCAUUUGUCACUUUACCAACUGAACGUGUGAUGAAAUACCAGAGAGGCUGAUGGUCAAGCGUUCUGCUAAACCUGCCAGGUGGCGAAUUAGAGACAGAAUCCAGCUCUUUCACCUGCGUCUCCUGUUUGAAUCACAAAGUGCUUCUCUUGUUGCUCACAGUGUGAACACAGCAUAAACCCGAGGCUCUAAAGAACUGCUAACUGUUGUUUCCAGCUACUGUCUCUGUGCUUGUCUCACGUGUCUAGAUGAUUAUUAUACUGUUUGAUGUCUUGUUUCAUUUCAGGGAAUUGAAAUUUGAUUGUAUUUAAUUCUUUGUUGAUGUUUUUUUGUUUUUUCUUUGAAUCGUUUUGACAGGAAUGUAAAAAUACUUGUGUUUGUGUUUCUCGGGUUUACUCUCAAUGUCUCUUGUGCUGAUAGGCUGAGAUGAAAAGGCCAGAGCAGCAGGGAUGGAUGACCGAUCACCAAAGUUAUCAGCAGUGUUGUAAACUGUCCUCACUGUAACCCCGUUAUCAGCUCUUAUGUAACGAUUCUGCUCCACCACAUUUUACAGGAAACAUGUGGCCGCUGUCGUGUACAUUUUUAUCUACAGCUCGAGAGUUAAGAUCAAACAUACACGUCACGUGCUAAAAACUGCUGUUUUUUUAUUAUUUUGUUGUUGAUAUACUCAGAACCUUUGACUUGGUUUGAAUGGUAGCUGCUGCUUAGGUCUAAGAUGUUGGCAGGAAUGCAUCGUUUUGCUUUUCUACCCGUAAAACACUGCAAUGCUUCAAACUGAGUUUUUACUGGACGAGGCUCUGUUGUUAUUUUACAUCUGUACCAAAUGUUAUUGCUAAUGCAUGCAGCGCUUAAUAUGCUGUUCAUUGUUAAUACAGUUUGUUCCUAAGUCAGUAAGUAAGAAGUCACACUGGUGGAUUUUUACAUUCCUGUGUUACAUCAGUCACACUGUCUAAUGCUGAGUCAUCGCCAUCACUUUCCCCUAAUCCCAACCAUGUAUAGCAGCAUUGUAGGAUAAGUUUUCUAACAUCAUUUUAUUGUAAUAUCCCCAAAUAAUCUCUUAAAGACAUAAAAUCCCCCUUUUAGCCAAAUCACGGUUUCUUAAUAAUCUGCUCAGAAUAAUCAUGGAAAUAGUUCUGCUGUCCUUACACAGGAUAACAAUCAAUACAUGACUGAUAGCUAUACAAUGCAAAAGGCUUAAUAAGAGAAACUGAUGCUAUGAGAGGAGGCUGGGGAAGCUUCAGACAGGGAGCGUGAGUAUGAGUCACUAGCUUGCUUUUCUCUUUGCUGGUGUCUGAUGGCACCAAGCGUAGUGGUUGUCAAAAGGCUAGGAAGGAGGAUUAAUUAACUAUGGAAUAAAAACGGAUAAAAAAUAAAAGACUCAAUAUGGUGGACUGAAUAGACUUCCAUACUCAUGCAGAUAUGUGCAAGCCACGCUGAAUGCACCGCCUUGCUGAAGCAGUGUUGGGGUAUGGAUGAGCCUCGCCAUCCAGGCCCAGCCAAUAAGUCACUGAGCCCCUUAGCUGAAAUCUGAAAGUACACUUCUACUACAACUUACACAGAUGAAUAUCAUUUGGAAAUGAAAACCUAAACACCCUAAUGCUGAUAAGCUAUUGCAGCGCAACUAGAGAUCAAUGUUUGAUGGAGCAGCUUUGGAGCAGAUUUCCCCAAGAGUGAACUAUGAGCAAAUGGUUGCAUAUACAUGCCGUUUUUGUUUUGGGGUUUUUUGGUGAAUAAAAUGACUUGAGAUGACCCCCCCCCCUCCUCCGCCUCCAUAUAGGUUGGUUGCACAGAACAUAUGGUCUACUGCCUAAGGUGAGAAAUAUCUCCUCACCUUCUGCAUGCAGUGUUGAGAUGCAGUUGAUGGAAGAUGAACUUGAAUGUUAGUAUUUAUGCUGCGAGCGCUUCUUGGCUUACUUAAGGAAGCUGUGGAAGCAGUGGAUCGCCAUCUCUGUGUCAAUCCAAGAAGAUUGCAAAGCAUUUAAGGCUAUUAAUAUAUUUUUUUAACAUAUCAGAAGAAGGUCACUUAAGCUUUUAUCCCCCCAUUCAGCCAAAGGGGAGAACGAGAGGUGCAGACAGGUGCCGACUGCCGACAAUCAGAGGAUUUCAGAUUCAUUUAUUUUUUUGACAUCCUGUUAUUUUCAGCUGACAUUGAGAGACAACUGAAUUUGGCUUUAGCUUGGAGAUUCUUGAAUCCUUGUGCACAAGUUAAAAGAUGCAUUUGAAGCCUGGGGAAGCAAGAGUGGCCAUGGGAGCGAUUUCAUCUAGCAUAAACAGAGGACAACAGAGACAGCGCUCCCAGCUGAGCGAGAGAUUUACAUGUUGUUUGCGCUCACCAGAGCUUACAGAUGGUACAGACUUGUAUAUGUGAAAAGUGUAAAUCAAGCUCUUGCAAUUGCACAGCACUGAGCUUGAAGCUGGAGCGAGAAUUGCCAGGAGAAUAGGUUGUAGUCCUAACAGAAAUGCUAUUACACCGUAGAACUUCAUGGAUGAUGAUGAUGGGAUUGAAGAAAAUGUUCCCCAAAACCAAAAUGACUGAAAGGCAACCAACAUGUAAAACGACACAAUCACACGAAAGGCGAAAACACUUUGUUUUCACUGACUGCUGCAAAAGAAAAGGCCAGCUCAAGGAGACAGUGCUCCCAAGGUGGAAGCUGACGGAAAGAUUAAAUCCAAUCCAAGAAAACAAUUAAUCCACUGCUUCCCUCCAGAUUAGCUGAAGAAAUAAUGAAAAUCACUCACCCCAGAAGAAUAACCUAAGUAAUUUCCAACACUGAUGUAUCUAUCGCGCUACCAACACUCAAAUGGGAAAAUGACCUGGAGUGCUCCCAAUAACUCCCAAUACUCCCAAUAACAUUUUCUCCAUGACCAAAAAUGCAAACGUACACAGUAUAAAUCAAUUCACCCCCAACACAAAGGAUAAUGUUUAAAAUGGGUUUAGGGAGCACAGACACGUGUUCACGGUGCACUUCAGGGAGGUCAGACGAUUACUUCACCCAUGUGGUGUGGGUAUAAUCAUCAGUAGUCACUAGUGAUCACGUGAUUUCCCUUUUUAAUAUAAAUAACAUGUUUAAUGUCUGCAGGAUGAAAAUUUGAUUUUUUUUAUUAGAAAUUCUACCGAACAAUCAGGCUGGGGUCUAACCCUAACCCCAAACUGGAAGCUGGUUCCACAGAAGAGGGGCCUGAAA